AUGAGCCGCUUCCUAUCUUUACAACCCGAAGAUCCCCCAACCUCCGAAGCUCCAAGCGAUUCAUGUGAGGUCGACAAUAUUCACUUCUCCAGCAUUCACGAUGAACAAUCACCGGAAUCGGCUUCUGAUGAGGGGGAGUCGGACCCUGAAUAUGAACCGCCGCUCAUCCGCCGCUUCAACGAUCAUUUGUCAAUGAACAAUGUGGAUCGAUACAAGCCAGUAUUUCCUGAAAACCAUUGGCUCUCGAAAGCGACAACCGGGUGUUUCCCACAAAAUCCUGAUCUUCCGUUUUGGAAGGAAACGCAGAGGCAAAUUUUGUCAUGGUCGGCUGGGAAUGAGGAGCAUGAGACAUCACCGGAAGUUGAGGAGUCAAACCAGAUGAUCUACAUGACGGGCCUAGUCGACGCAAUGGUUACAGAAGCCCGUUGGCGAUCUCGCAUUGCUGCUAAUCCAAAAUUAGCAACGUGUCUAUCAGCAAUUUCUCCUGAAUACGCGGAUGGCCUAGUAUCUGCGACUGAAAACGGACAUGAUAGUGGGGACAGCGACACAUCAACUCUUGUUGACCCAGAUGAAGAUGUGGAGGAGCGCAUCGUGGAAAAUGGGACAUUUUAUGUGAAGAACAAGCAGAAGCAGACGUCUCGGAGAAUCCGUUCAAAUACUCGUGGUGUCGCUGAAGUUGUGCUAAAGCGAGAUCACGAGCUGACACCCGCGGAUUUUGCCGUUCAAGCUCUUGAAAGCCUGAUGGAGACUGUACAGAUCCCCGAUCGCCACGUUCAGAAAUGGGUUGAUGAUGUGAUUGGCGCCCCGGAGAAGCUUUUGAUGGGAGAACGUGAUCCUUUGUCCAAAAUGUCAACCUCUAGUGCUGGUGAUGUGUGGAUCGUUCGUUUGCAUGUUGAAAAGAGCUCCAAAGACCUUCUUGAAGAACAAAAUUACCGGUGUGCGGGAUGCGAAACAAAAAUUACAGAUGAAUAUGUAAAACGAGUCAAAUAUUGCGAUUAUUUUGGGAAAAUGUUUUGCCAGUGCUGCCAUCAAGGUGCCAGGGCCAAGAUUCCCGCCCGAAUUCUGGCCACCUGGUGCUUCAAGGAAUUUAUGGUCAGUGACAAGGCACUCUCCUUUCUCAACGAAGUCUACAAACAACCAGCCAUUCACUUAAAAGACCUAGCGCCAAAACUAAUCGAGAAAAUUCGGGUCCUCCGGAAUGCUUUAUUAAUGCGUGAAAAAUUGUCACACAUAUGGUCAUUUGUCCAAUUUUGUCCAGAUGCCGUUGGGGUUAUCACAAAGGAGGGCAGGCUGGAAUCGAUGUUUCUAAUCCUCGAAAAACAUUAUCUGGGCAAGGAAACGGAUCUCUUUUCACUUGAAGAUCUCGAGCGGGUGCAUAAUGGGAAACUAUCGGCUCUGCUAGAGCCGGCUAUACACUAUGGGAAGGCACAUAUCGAAAAAUGCGAGAAAUGCUUACUACAAGCCACUUUUUGCCCGAUCUGCAACAACGAAAAAGACCCGCUCUUCCCUCACCAGGUAGAAAGGGUAGCGCGCUGUGAAAAGUGUGGCACGCUCACACAUCUGAAAUGCGAGGCGAGGCGCAAGCAUUCGGAUGAAGGCUGUGUCAAGUGUAUUCGGAAUCAAGAAGCCAGGCGUCGCCGCAUAGUCAGGGUCUAUGAUGAACUAUCGCCA